AUGGAGAAGCCUAAUCAGUCAAAUAAUGUGGCAGCUUUUGCAGUUUCUAAGGAUUUAAGAAUUCCCAUACACCUUAAGUUGGGAUACUUACAACCAGGAAACAAUGCUAAAGUGUUAAAUGAAUUGGCUAAACCUUCAGGGAAAUAUUCUGAUCCAUCAAUAUUUAAACAAUAUUCCCAUAUUCAAAUCAAUUCCGAUUUAUAUGUCAAAAUCGAAGUCAUUGGUGGUAACAAUCAAAAUCCUUUAACCAUUCCCACCCAAUCAAUGUAUUAUAGUUUCUCCAAUAACAAAAGAGUAUGGAAUAAAGUGAUGAAAUUACCUAUCAAUUAUAAUCAAGUAUCCAUGGAUUCAUACUUAAAGAUAACAAUAUUCGAAGUUGUCGAAACCAAACCUACAGUCUUUGGUGUAGGAUUCAUAUCUUUGUUCAAUCAUGAUGAUUAUUCCCUUCGAAAGGGACUUCAGAAGAUACCUAUACGAACGACAAAUAUACUUGAUGAAGAAGUAAACUAUUCUGGUAAUAGUGACUUAAGCAGCCUCGAGCUGAAGGUGAUUAAAUAUGAAAAUGGCGAGUUUCCUAAAAUCCAAUGGCUAGACAAGUUAUCCAUGCCCUUGGUCGAAAAAAAUCGAACGGAAGAACAAGUUUCCGACGAGAAUUAUUCUCACUACCUUUAUAUUGAAUUUCCCAAAUUUGAAUUACCCAUAAUAUAUUCUGACAUUUCAUAUUCACUUCCCGAUACCAAAGCCAUUGUGAAUGAAUUUAUAAAACAUAAAAAGGAAGAUUUCAAUAAUACCGGUUUCAUCAUCAAUAAAGUGAAUAUUACUGGUACUAAAGUAUUUGAUCCAGAUUACCAUUAUACCAAUUUGUCGUUGUUGAAUAAUCCCCAGAUGGCCAAUGGGGCCAAUCAAACAGGCUACAUGCCUGUAAAUAAGAAUAUGGAUCCUAUUGAAUUCAAGUACCAUAAACUAGAAAGAAACAUGAAUAACAGUAUUUUAUUAGAUAAAGAACUCAAACCAACACCUCAAUUGAGAGACGAGCUCAUGAAGAUUUUGAAUAAACCUUCAAAUAUUGAAUUAACUGAUAAUGAAAAGAAUUUGAUCUGGAAGUUUCGUUACUAUUUCUCCAAAAAUAAUUCUACCAGUACUAAUACCGAUAAUAAGGAUUUCCCUAAAACUGAAGUAUCCAAAACCAAUCAGAAAUUCUUGACAAAGUUCCUUAAAUCAAUAAACUGGGAUAAUGAUUAUGAAAUUGACCAUGCUUUCAAAGAGAUCUUACCAUAUUAUUGGUCGGUAGAUAAAAUUCAAAUUGGUGAUGCAUUGGAACUUUUAAGUAGUUAUUUCAAUCCUUUCACUUUAGUGAGAAGAAUUAAUGUUCAAGAGGAAGAUAAGACUAAUAAGGACAAAGAGUCGAGAAUUGAUAAGAUUUUCAAAUACGUACGACAAUUAAGAUUAUUUGCGGUUGAUAGAUUAAGACUAGCAAGUGGAGAUGAACUACUUUUAUAUUUAUUGCAAUUAGUUCAAGCCAUGAAGUAUGAGUCCAUCAUUGUAGAUACUGAAACCAAUCAAAUGAAUAAGGAUAUCACCGGUAUUGAAGAUGAUGACGAUGAGGAAGCUCAGAACAACAAAACCAAAGACAAUAAGAUCUUGGAAAAAUCCCCAUUGGCAUCAUUUUUGAUCGAAAAAUCCAUUGAAAAUGAAAAAUUGGGUAAUUUCUUCUAUUGGUAUGUGAAAGUAGAGAAUGAAGAUCAAUUGAACUCCAAUGAUGGCUCACCUGUCCAAAUUUAUUCUAUUGUUUUGAAUAAGUAUAUCGAAAACUUGAAACGUUAUUCCAAUACUAAUAGAUUACCUAAUUAUAGUUACCUUAAACGUCAAGUAUGGUUUAUCAAGAAAUUAACUCAAUUGGUUGAACUUUUGAGAUCCACUUUCAAAAAAAAUGAAGCUACAGCUAAGAAAGUUCAAUUCUUGAAAGAAUAUUUGGCUGAUUCAAGUAAUGAGCUUUUGAAAUUCCCUCAUACUUUCCCAUUGCCUUUAGACCCUUCAGUAAUGAUUUGUGGAUGUUAUCCUGAAGAAUCAGCGGUAUUCAAAAGUUCUUUGGCUCCUUUGAAAAUCACCUUGAAAACCGUAAUCAAAGAUCCAAAUCAGCCUUCUCAUAUAUUUGGCAAAUCAAAAAAGUACGGGAAAUACACCCUCAUGUUCAAAAUUGGUGAUGAUUUAAGACAAGAUCAAUUGGUCAUACAAAUCAUUGAUUUAAUGGACCAAUUGUUAAAGAAUGAAAACCUUGACUUGAGGUUAACUCCCUAUAGAAUCUUAGCCACCAGUCCUAUAGCUGGUAUGAUUCAAUUUGUACCCAAUGAAACAUUGGAUAGUGUUUUGGUGAAAAAUUAUGACAUUGAAGAAACCAGUCACCUAUCUAAUGGGAUCUUGAAGUACCUUAAAUACCAUAGUAAGGAACUUCAACCCAUUGAGCCCAUUGCUACUAGUGUUUUGAAGAGCCCCGAUGAAGAACUUUUACCAAAGCAAGUCACCCAAAAACAUGCUGUUACCUCGGACUUAGGAGUUUCCUCAAUGGUUUUGGAUAAUUAUGUCAGAUCGUGUGCUGGAUACUGUGUGAUUACUUAUUUGCUUGGGGUUGGUGACAGACAUUUAGAUAAUCUUUUAUUAUCACCCAAUGGGAAGUUUUGGCAUGCAGAUUUCGGUUAUAUCCUAGGAAGGGACCCGAAACCCUUCCCUCCAUUGAUGAAACUUCCAAUUCAAGUGAUCGAUGGUAUGGGAGGUUUGGAUCAUGAAAAUUUCAAUAUCUUCAAGAACUAUUGUUUUGUCACAUACACCACGCUAAGAAAGAAUAGUAAUUUGAUUCUUAAUUUAUUCCAAUUGAUGAUGGAUGCCAAUAUCCCUGAUAUUAAGGCCGACCCUGGUAGAGCUGUAGAAAAGGUUCAAGAAAAAUUUUGUUUGGAUAUGUCUGAAGAAGAGGCCAUCAUCCAUUUCCAGAAUUUAAUUAAUGAUAGUGUUAAUGCUUUCUUACCGGUAGUUAUAGAUAGAUUACAUAGUUUGGCCCAAUAUUGGAGAGCCUGA